AUGUACGGGCUGUUAUUGGAAAAUAUGGCGGAGUACAUCCGCCAGACCUACGGCGAAGAGCGAUGGGAGGACAUACGACGCCAAGCGGGAGUGGAACAGCCAUCAUUUUCGGUUCACCAAGUAUAUCCAGAGAAUUUGAUCACAAGACUCGCGAAGAAGGCACAAGAGGUACUGGGCAUAACCGAACGCGAGUUUAUGGAUCAAAUGGGAGUUUACUUCGUCGGCUUCGUUUCACAAUACGGCUACGACAGAGUUUUAUCAGUCCUGGGCCGUCACAUGCGCGAUUUUUUGAAUGGACUGGACAAUUUACACGAGUAUCUAAAAUUCAGUUACCCAAGAAUGAGAGCGCCAAGUUUUAUCUGUGAAAAUGAGACUCGUCAAGGUUUGACAUUACAUUAUAGGUCGAAGCGAAGAGGUUUUGUUUAUUACGCAAUGGGUCAAAUAAGAGAGGUCGCUCGUCAUUUUUACCACAAGGAGAUGCGAAUAGAGUUACUUCGAGAGGAACUUUUGUUCGACACCGUGCAUGUGACUUUUCAGCUAACAUUUGAUAACCGCGCUUUUACAUUGGCAUCAUUGGCAAUGACGAGAGAAGAAAAACAUCUGCCGAUCAGCGCAUCUGUGCUGUUCGAGAUAUUUCCUUUUUGUAUAGUUUUUGGUUCGGACAUGGUAGUGAGGAGUAUUGGUAAUUCCCUGAUGGUCAUCUUACCUGACUUAGUCGGUAAAAAAAUAACCAACUGGUUCGAUCUUGUACGACCGCUAAUCGCUUUCAAGUUUCAAACAAUCUUAAAUCGCACUAACAACAUCUUCGAGCUGGUGACAGUGGAAGCUGUGAUGCACGAGAAGGCGCCCGACAAGCGGAACGAGCUCAUCCGACUGUCCGAUGAAUCGGAUUGCGCUACUGACAAAAACUUACGUUUGAAAGGUCAAAUGAUCUACAUGGACAAUUGGCGUAUGAUGAUGUACCUCGGGACGCCAGUGAUGCCAGACCUCGCGGCGUUGGUGUCGACCGGCCUGUAUAUCAACGAUCUCUCCAUGCACGAUUUUAGCAGAGAUCUCAUGUUAGCUGGUACUCAACAAUCAGUCGAGCUUAAACUAGCCUUGGAUCAAGAGCAGCAAAAGAGCAAGAAGUUAGAAGAAUCCAUGCGGAAGUUGGACGAGGAAAUGAAAAGAACAGAUGAACUGCUUUACCAGAUGAUACCGAAGCAGGUUGCUGAUAGACUGCGUAAUGGGGAAAAUCCGAUUGACACUUGCGAGAUGUUCGACAGUGUGUCGAUACUGUUCUCUGACGUGGUAACGUUCACCGAGAUCUGUUCCCGCAUCACUCCCAUGGAAGUGGUAUCAAUGCUCAACGCUAUGUACUCCAUAUUUGACACCCUCACUGAGAGGAACCGAGUAUAUAAGGUAGAAACUAUAGGUGACGCUUACAUGGUGGUAUCUGGAGCACCAGAAAAAGAAGACAAUCACGCAGAGAAGGUCUGUGAUAUGGCCCUUGAUAUGGUGGAAGCGAUUACUGAUCUUAAGGAUCCUAGUACAGGAUCUCAUUUAUCAAUAAGGGUUGGUGUUCACUCUGGAGCGGUAGUUGCUGGUAUCGUUGGCCUCAAAAUGCCCCGCUACUGCCUGUUUGGAGACUCCGUCAAUACGGCAUCUCGCAUGGAGUCUACGUCAGAGGCUAUGAGGAUUCACAUAUCACAAACCACUCAGGAAUUGCUAUCACCGUCUUACAUAGUAACUGAACGAGGGGAAAUUCAAGUCAAAGGAAAAGGUGCAAUGAAAACAUAUUGGCUAGAAGAUCGAGAGUCAAGACCAUCUCUUACAAAAAUGAUAUCGUCACAGAUCCAACCAGUCUCGGAACUAGAAUGGGAAAGAGCAGCUGAUGCUAGAGACAGCAUCGCUGAACAUUCAGCUCAACAACUGAAUAACAAAGAAGUUAUAAGUAACUUCCGCCUCCCAAAUGCUAUCAAUUCUGGUCCUAAUUCUUUAGCAAAUAACACUAGUAAUGCUGUGACAUUCCAACCCUCAACACCAACUAUGAAGAGCCCAAACGCACCGACGGUUACAUCUCCUGUAGAAGAAAGACGGAUGUAUUCUCCAGUCACUUUCCAAGAUGUCGCUAGGCGGAGUAUUGCAAAUUCUCCUAAUAGAACCGACAAGGAUAACGAGUCGAGAUCAAACUCAGCGAGCAUGGGAGGAGCAUGGACGGAUGCUGAAUCUCUAGAGCCACAGAGGACUCUUGACAGCUUAAAUUCAUCAUUCUGUUCCACGUCCCCUUGCAGAGUCGGCACUGCACCGGUUUCAAAAGACCGCGAUAAUAACUUCUUCACAGAAUCGUGCGUAGCGCGCAUGUCGCCUGCACACUCGGCGCCAGCCGCGUCGGCGCCGGCGCGUCCGCGCAGCGCCUCGCCCGCGCCGCCGCGCCACACCGCCGACGAUAUCGAAACAGACACAGAGUAUCAAGAUGCGAACACAGAUACACACAUAUGUACGAUAUCGGAAAACGUCGAACCACCCACAAAACAGGGGAAAGUUGGGCGAUUCCGAGCAAGAAUAGCACCAGGGCACCAUAAAACGUGUACAGCUCACAAACAGGCCAACAAAGAUUCUAUAAAAGAGAAACACAUACCGGCGGGAAACGUUCAACCACACGGUCAUCACCAUACUAAAAACGUCAACCAUCACCAGUGUUGUGGAGCAUUCGGUAACCCUCAUGUAAGACACAAGUCGAGCAGCUCCAGCUGUCACUUAAUAUAA